GUAUCUGCCUUUUACUGGCUUUAGGAUUCUUACUUCUGGAUUUUAAAUUUUGUCUUUUUAAUACAACUUUUACGGAUAAAAGAUGUGCCAUGGCAUGAUAGCACCAAAGAGCAGCUCAGCGUUUGUUGUGGCCUCCGUGGGAUAUGGAAUGUUCCUUCCUCUGGUGAUCCUUAGCACCCUACUUGGAGACGGACUUGCUUCAGUGUGUCCCCUGCCCCCGGAGCCAGAAAAUGGUGGCUACAUCUGCCACCCCCGACCCUGCAGAGACCCCCUGACAACAGGCAGUGUCAUUGAGUACCUGUGUGCAGAAGGCUACAUGUUGAAGGGGGACUACAAAUACCUGACGUGUAAAAAUGGCGAGUGGAAGCCAGCCAUGGAGAUCAGCUGCCAUCUCAAUGAGGACAAAGAAACCCACACGUCCCUUGGAGUUCCUACACUGUCCAUCGUGGCUUCCACUGCCAGCUCUGUGGCACUCAUCCUCCUCCUUGUGGUGCUCUUUGUCCUGCUGCAGCCAAAGCUGAAGUCUUUCCAUCACAGCAGGCGUGACCAGGGGGUAUCUGGGGACCAAGUCUCCAUUAUGGUGGAUGGAGUGCAGGUUGCACUCCCUUCAUAUGAGGAGGCUGUGUAUGGCAGUUCCGGUCACUGCAUGCCACCUGCAGACCCCAGAGUGCCCAUUGUGCUGUCAGAAGGAGCUGGGCCCAGUGGGAGGAGCCUGCCAAGGGAGCACCAGAGCCAGGGGGCUUGCUCCUCUUCGGGUGGUGAAGAGGAGGCCCCUGGCCAGUCGGGACUGUGUGAAGCCUGGGGCUCCCGGGGCUCAGAGACUGUGAUGGUGCAUCAGGCGGCCACCUCUUCCUGGGUGGCUGGCUCAGGGGGCAGUCGGCCUGCACACAAAGAAGCCACAGAUUCGGAGAACAGCGACAUACAAAGCCUUUUAUCCCUCACAUCAGAGGAGUACACGGAUGAUAUCCCACUGUUGAAAGAAGCAUGAGGGCUGCUGCUGCCGGCCUCUCUCCUCUCUGUGAGGGUCUUCUCCGCCCUUCUUCCCACUCCCUGUGGGUUUGAGCACCCUGUACUCCAGCUACCCCACCCGGAUAUCUGAGCUGCCACCUGUGUGUCAGUGUCUGUGAGGGCCUGCAGGCCAUCUCACUGGAAACUCAAGGAAGAUUCUCGCCAUCUGCCUGGACAGCUGGAGCAACUGGCUCUUUGCCUGGCCCAGCCUUCCCGUAUAUUGGGAUGUAUUUGAAUGUGCUGGAUUGAACCCUCCUAUCCCCAAGCCUCUGAGUCCCUUCCAGCCAGCUCUCUGGUGGCAGCCCCACAGCCCGUGUGUGGCUGAGCACCGCUGUGUUUACUUGUGCCUUCCCCCAACCUAUCCAGGUCCCUGCAGUGCAGGUGUGUAGCUGUCCACAGCCUUGGUGGCUGCUGCCCCUGCAUGCAGAGGCUGGGCCUGUGGCUGGCACCACCUCCCCUCACAGGAGCAGAGCCAAGAGUGAGAGCCUUUGAGGCACAGGUGGCUUUCUUUGGGGCAGACUGUGGGUCCCUGGGUUGACACUGCUGACACAUUUUCUCUGAUGACAGUGAAGAAUUUGGAAAAUCAUGCCAAAGCCAUCCUAGCAUCUGGCUCUCCAGCUCAGGUGCAGGCUCCUGGUCCUGUUGAGAGUUUCCAAGAAGCAUUCAGAAGAUUCUGAGGGAGGGAAAGAAGGUGGCUGAUAAAUUGUCUUCCUAAUAUGCAAGCUCUCACUUCCUGCUUCCAGCAUUGCGCCUUGGCCUUGGUCUUUCUGUUCCCUGGAUAAAGGGAGUUGCAUGCUGCCUCCUGGGCUUUGGCCCAGGCAGCCCUGGCUUCCUUGCUGCCCACAGGGCCCAAGGCACAUCAUCCCAGGAGUUUCUUAUGAUGCCAUCAACACUCAUCUGGUCACUGGCAGGCCGGGAAAGUUGCCACUUUCUGGGUUUGUGGUGAUGGAGGGGAGGCUGAGAGGCACAGAUCAAGUCCCCGGGCAGCUGCAGGCAGCUCCAGCCCGGUCCUGAGGAUCCUCCUCACCGCGGUCAUGUGCCUUAGUAACUGUGCCUGGGAAGUGGCCUGCUGCCUACUGCACCUCUGCUUUUCCUACUUGUGCCCUUCCCGGUGCCCCUGUACAUGUUAUGGCUGACAAGCCAUUCCUGUCUUCCCUGCCUUCUGGGGAAGGAGCUGAGAAAUGGUUCACAGCACCCCUCGCCUUACUGGCUGAAGUGGGCAAGUGAGUGCCCGGCGGCCUGGCUCCCAGGCCCCUUUAGACUGAGGCCUGGGUGUAGACACUGGAGGGAGCCGUGGUGAUGCCGGGGCACUCCGGGCACUUCUCCCAGGGCUUCUCUGGGCCUGUGGUGAGUGUAGGAAGGCUGAGCAGCAAGCUCCACCAGGCUGCCACCUUCUUCAGGUGACAGACGUGGCAUUCAGGAAUGUUUGCUUUUGCUGUUUUUUUUUUUUUUUUUUUCCCCUGAAACCCUGGGGCUGGGAAACCUCAGAGCUGACUCUGCUGCACCUUGCUCCUCAGCAUCUCCGGUGUGGUAAAAAUAAUAAGCCCGGUUCAGGACCUGACCUAACAGGGUUAGCCCCAGGUGUGGGUGGCCUGAAGAUGGGGGAAUGGGCUUCUUCCAACCCACCAGCCCCUGCCUCCACUCUCACAACGCACUUUACUCCCGGGUCAUGCCUGGCCUCCUGCUGCCCCUCAUCUUCUCUCCUCUCAGGGUAAGGGCAGUGCCUGCUGUGCCUGCUGGCCGCUCCACAUCCCCCACCCAGAAGCCCCAUCUGCUGUGCUCAAAGUCCAGGCAAGCAAAGUCCAAGGUAGGGAAUGGAUUGGAUAAGGUGCCAGAAUUGAAGGGCUGAAGCCUGAGGGAGGUGAGGCACACGUCUCAGCAUUUGCUGCCACAGGACACCCAGUAGGAGUCCUAAAGCCCCAGCUGCCUUAAUAUGCAGACCCUCUUCGAUGCGCAGCAGUGCCCUGUCUCCCUCCAGAGAGCAAAGGUGAGAAACGGGGAGGCGGGGCUCAAGUCUCACUCUCAGCUUUUAUUUUUCACGCUUCCAAAACCUGAAUUCUAUUCUAGAAUUUUUUAAAAAAAUAGAAGGGCCCACCCUUUUCUCCGUAGUUACUCUGAGUUUUUGUCCCCUCAGAGAUACUUUUUGUUUCAGGUUUAUUGUCCUGAUACCUCCUCUUUCCUCACCACUCAUUAGCACUGCUCUGGGCCUCACAAGCCCAGGCCUGCCUACCUGUUAGGAGAGUAAGAAGUUGGAACAAGCGCACUGGCCUGUUGUCACUGACUUAGAGGAAGUCCUGUCAGAGGCUCCUGGGCGUGCAGGUGCUUGCAGGUCGGCUCACGUUGCGCCUUGGCUCCUUUCACAAGCUCCCUUUCUCACAAGGCAAAUUCUUCAUCUUCAGCCACAUGCUGCUCUUCCUGGGGCUUCUGAGUUCUGUCCCUUGUAAA